AUGACUGACCACACCACCAACACCACCGCCCACGAUGUUAGCCCACCCUCCCAUCUGCCUCCACAGCGGGCGGCACGCCACUCCAGUGCGUUCGAACGAGGACCGUCCUCCAGCUUACAGAACAGCUUUAUAAACGUAUCAACCCCCGACUCUAACCCGGCACCGCUCCACGAGGAGCUCGACCCUCUAGCGAAGUCGUCGAUGCGCCUGGACAGCCGAAACCCGAUCGAGAAGCGGCGGUCACUUAAUGCGUCCCGUGGCCAUAAACAUCGACCGAGUGGUGCUUUUCUUCUCAACGACCCUCUAUUCAACCCCCAUACUCGCGAGCGCGACGCGCAUAUCAACCCGCGAGCCGAUAGGCAAUACCGAAAGUCGACCGAUCAAUACAGGCUUCGAAAUGCUCAGCAUGACCAGACCAGACCCUACCCGAGAACUCUCUCGGGCAGCUCAGGGCCUUCUAUGCUCACUGGGGAGUAUGAGCCAACGGGGAGUGGCCACUCUGAUCCAAUAUCGGCAUCCUCUACCCUCACCAGGCGCGAGCGCGACUCCCUUGCGGGGGACACAGCUGUUGGAUCGUCGCCUCGAACGAGCAUUACGCAAAUGGAUCUGGAAUCGGCACAGAUUGUUAAUAUGGCCCUAAACCUGAGCGAAUCCAGACGCCUCGCGUCUAGGAGAAGCAUUACGCAGCCAGCGCCACCUAGAUUGGUACCGUUGCCUGAUGGUACCACAGGAGGCAGCUUGAGACAUCACCUUCAGCAACAAAGAAGAAUUUCACAAACUAUCUCUCCCAAGCCUGAUCGGUCACCGAGGAUAGGUCCGGGGAGGGUGCUCAGCCCUCUACAGCCAGCAUUUGAACCCGAAGGGGGCUACCGCUACCAUUUUUCUCAAUCUACUUUGGCACGCGCGCAGAAGGCGAAAGAGUAUUUGGACCUCAUGGCCCAAUACAGAAGAGUCCUGGAACUGUUGCCGCCAUUGGAGGUACCUCGAACGACCAAAGGGUUGAUAGCCAGUCCCCCUAGCACAUCAACUGACUCUAUUCAGAUGUCUAGAACUUCCACCAACGAGUCUGAGACUAGGAUUGGACGCCCGUACAAUCCUCUUCAGUACAUACGCAAUCGCAAAGUCAGAGCCCGCGAGCGGAAAGCUAUUGAUGGUGAAGGCCAGGGGUUUAACGAUGUCCCCAGAGUAUCUGAGUGGAUUGACGAGGUUGCCAAAUGGGUGGCCACCGGUCAAGCUCAAAUACCAGGCAAUCCUGCCUUGCCCCCCUUUUCAGGCGCACAAGCUGCAUCAUUUCAAAGCUCUCCGCCAUCCAACGUUUCUCGGUCAACGACCUCUGCUGCUAAACCAAAGAGACCGCGAGUCGACUGGGCGAUUGAUCCUGCAGACAUGAUCGCAGAUGUCUACUGGCUGGAGCUUGAUGAUAAUAAACGGCUGGUAGAGGAUCGCCAUUGGAAGCGAGUGUUUCCCCAGGGAACGGACGCUGCCAGGCCAUUGCCAUUACGCGACGAGGCCCCACGGUUGACAACACCGGGCUCAACUAAAGAUUCUUCAGACUCUGGCGAGAAGCCACAGCCAGAAGCCCCGCCACCCAAACAUGAGCAUGAGCAUGUCCUGAGUACAGCUAGGGAUCGCGCACAGCAGAAGCUACGAGCUCUGAAAGGAUCCCAUCACCGCCAGAAUAGCUCUGUUAACAACAGAGAUUUUCUGCGUAUCCGAAGAGCCUCUGUAUCCGAAUCAUCAGACACAGACAGUGACAGGCGGCGGCGGGCCAGAGCCGGCACUGCCACAACUACUGUAAGAUCUGUUUUGGAGAAGCAGAUGGAGGAGAUGAUAGCCAGGGAACAGAGGGAGUCGGAGUCUUCACCAGCCCUUUAUGACCACGAGGCGCUACGUAUGAAGUUUGCUAGCCUCAACCCGGCGACCCCUGAGCGAGAUCUUUUGAACAACGCCGCAUCAGAUGCGACCCAGACUAAGCCUUUGUCUCGUGGGACGGAUUCGCGCGCCGACCUGAGCGAGAGCGAAUGCAGGCUCACAGGCUUACACCACCGUCCUUCUCCACCUGUUCCGGGCCGUGCUAGUCUCGAGGUCCCUUCGAGAGGUAGAAGAUUCUCGGUGGAUUAUGAUACGUCACAGCCCAACUCCCCAGAUUUGCGGCCAAAUCGAGAUGUCGGUCUAGUCCCAGCAAUCGGGAUGGAUUUAUCACCCUUGUCCAGCAGACCAAGCUCUCCAUCACGAAACCCGCUGAGCAAGGUUAAGAGCAUUUUCCGUGAGCGUAGUAAGGAGCGCAUUACGGACAAUUAUGCAAGCGCAGAAGAGCCCGAGACACCAGCGCCGCUGAACGAGAAGCUCUUUGUCUCGCCCGAGCCGGAUUGGAGUGCCGUGUCAUCCCCGGAAAGAAGACCGUCAAGGAGUCCGAUCGGCAGGAUAGUAACCAAAGGCACAGACUCGAGUCACCGGUCACAUAAGAGUGUCGGCAGUGUCAAGCUUAAACCUGAAGAUGUUGGAGGCGGCUUCAGGUCGCUGUUCCGUGGCCCUCGUAUCGACACUGUCCUGCGAAGCGGCGUGUCCAAGAUCAGUGAUAUGGUUUGGCGAAAGGACGCUGGUGAUGAUCAGUACUCUACCACCUCUUCGUCAGAUUCUGAGGCCGAGGCCAGGGGUAGGUCCCGUGGUCCUCGGGUUUUUCGACGGGGUCAUGGUCGGACGCCAUCGACGCAAAACGGAAAGCAUCAGGUUGAGCCUUUACCACAGUUCGUCUCGGUAGCAAACACCGCCAAGCCACCGAACAGUGAACAGCAAACUGGGUUGCUACCACACCCACCAGCACAGCCACUCAGCCGACGAUCAUCGCGGUUCGACCUCCUCAAGCCGCCAAGGAUCGAUAUUCAAGAUGCAUCACCAAGUGCAUCGCCGCCUCCCUUGUUGGAGAGGCGCAAGGAACAGGUUGAAUCAGACGUCAAGUCCCGGAAGAGCGCCGACUGGGGGAUCGAUCGUACCGACAUGGCACCACUACCCUUUCACAAACCCCGACAAUUCUCUACCGUAUCUUCCAGCCGCCACUGGUCCAUUGCCGACCGUGGCGGUAGCACUCCAACGCGGCCAGCAAUCUCCAAACGGGAAAUCGCCCGCUUGAAGGCGCUGAUUCUCAGCUCUGGAAUCCAUGCAAUGGAGGUAGAUCGCCGUGCCAAAGAGCGCAAGCUUUUGACGUCCCCUCACUCCUCCCAUAUCUCUAGCCACUCCCCAGAUGGCCAACCGGACUUUGCCUGGAAGGACGUUAUAUCCCUAUGUCCUGACCCAGAAACGAGACACAGAUUGGUCACCCGCCCCGUUGCUCAAAUAGAUCUCUAUCCCCUCGCCGCACGGACUCUGUCAUCUGCAAUGGAGGCCACAGCCGCGCACUUUCAAUUCACGCACGACAAGUUCGCCAGGGAGACGGCGCCCCACUUGGAGAAGAAGGUCGAGGCAACAAGGUGGAAGAUCGCCGGGGAGCUGACCGACCUCGCGCAUAGGGCUGCGGACGAGGCGGACGAGGCGAAUCAUGAUAUGGUUGCGGGCCAGAGGCUGAAGGUCAAGAGGGUGGUGGACCACAUUGAGAAGAUGUUGCGGCGCCGUAGGAGGCGGUUUAGGUGGCUUAGGAGGGCGGGGUGGUUGGGAGUGGAGUGGGUGCUUGUUGGGUUUAUGUGGUGGGUUUGGUUUAUGGUGAUGAUUUCGAGGGUGGUGAUUGGGCUUGGGAGGGGAGGGUGGAGGUUGGUUAGGUGGUUGUUGUGGUUGGAGUGA